UCAAACAUAAUCAUCCUGGUCUGGGAGUAUAUAUAAAUGUAGCUGAUGUACAGGUAUCGCUCCAGGGACAGCUAGAUCUUUAGCAAUGGAGGUGUUUUCUCUAAAACUGCUCUUCUUAGUUUUCCUGACGUAUGUUCCAGCAACUGGAGAAGCCAGGAACAAUGUACGCGGUUACAACAGCAGCAACGCUCCUGGGGGUACCACAACCAUCAUGUCAUCAGUAGAGAAUACUAUUUCUGAAGAUGAGACAGACCUCAAGCCUUCAACGGGGAAACCUACUUCUGAAGCUGAAGAUGAGACAGACCUCAAGCCUUCAACGGGGAAACCUACUUCUGAAGCUGAAGAUGAGACAGACCUCAAGCCUUCAACGGGGAAACCUACUUCUGAAGCUGAAGAUGAGAUAGCCAUCAAGCCUUCAACGGGGAAACCUACUUCUGAAGCUGAAGAUGAGCAAGCCAUCAAGUCUUUAACGGGGAAACCUACUUCUGAAGAUGAGAAAACAUCCACGUCAACAUCGAGAACCAAAGAUGAAACGACCGUUGUGUCAACGACGAUGGGUUUUGAUGUUAGCAAACUUCUGGGAAAAACGUUCAACUUCUCGACUCUACUGGAAGCCACUGACAGCGUUCAACUCACACUUGCCAACCAGACGAUCAACCUGUCUGCAUUCACAGUUGAUGAAUCCAACGCGAUGUCACUUCAAAGCAUAUUGGGGGAUGACAGUCUGCCGGAUAAAAUGUACAUCGCAGCUAAGUUGGCAGGCAUAGAAAAGAAGAUUGCAGACAGACUCAAUAAGACAUUGAAAACUUUAGCAUUGGAAGACAUCUUUGACGCUGAGGACGACAUUGUGUUCACCAAAGAGGAUGUGGACGAAAUGGACAGGGACAUGAAUCAAGAAACACGCGACCUUGGCCUUUCACAAAACCCUUAUGAAAGUGGUUUUAACAGUACAAGACGCAAGCGGAAGACCACGCUAAGCCGACAGUGGUCCACAACCAUUCCAUACAUCAUCAGCUCAGAUUUCGAUUCAUAUGUAUCUGGAAAGAAUGCCAUCCGAGCUGCCAUCCGUCACUGGGAGGAAGAGACGUGUUUAAAUUUUGUCCAAUUCAUAUCAUAUAAUGGUCCACAUCUAAUAUUCAGGAAGAAGAAAGGUUGCAAUUCCUAUAUUGGCAGACACGGAAAUGGCCAAACAAUAUCAAUUGGUACAGGCUGUGGGACAAGAGGCAUUGUGACCCACGAGAUAGGUCACGCGUUGGGGUUCUGGCACGAACAUGAAAGGCCAGACCGAGACAAAUACGUCACAGUUUACUUUGAAAACAUCAAGGCCGGCAGAAGCCACGCCUUCGGCAGGGAAUCCUGGAAAAAUACUCGAUCGAUAGGAAUACCCUACGACUAUUCGUCCGUUAUGCACUACAGUACAAAGGCAUUCAGCAAGAACAACAAACCAACAAUCACAGCAAAGGAAAGCGAUAUGGAAAGGACUUUGGGAACCGGGAGCGGACUUUCUUUCUACGAUGUCAAACUUGCGAAUCUGAUUUAUUGCCAAGCGACCUGUGGCUCUAGGGGAUUGUUAUGGCGGGCAUGCAGUCAUGAAGGUUACAGAGAUCCAAAUAACUGCAACCGAUGCAAGUGCCCAGAUGGACUUAGUGGGACAUGCUGCACAUCUGUGAAACCAGGGAAGGGAGCUUCGUGUGGAAAUAAAUAUCUUUAUGCGUCUUCACAAUGGCAGACACUUAAGUCUCCAAACUAUGGAGUGACAACGUAUCCAAAAAAUUCCGAAUGCACAUGGAGAAUAAAAGUUCACGGAAGUUCAAAGAGAAUCAUGAUGAGGUUCAAGGAAAGUUCUCCUUCCCCUGCCACAGGACCUGCCAGGAGUAUGUGGAAGUGAGACACACUGAUCUUGCCAGAGCAGGACCAAGGUACUGCUGUUAUUCGACACCCACAAGGUAUUUCAAGUCCCAUGGAAGUGAGAUGCUGAUACUAAUGAGGACAGAUGCAGGGUACAGGCGAGAUGGCUUCUCUCUGGAAUACAAGAU